AUGCCUAGAGCGACCGCUCCUCCCCUCGCCUCCUGCCCCUCCCGCAUCCGCGGAAAGGGUCCCGGGACCUUCACGCGCUCGGCGCCUCGUCCCGGCGCGCAGGCCCAGGUCUCCUUUGAGGAGGUGGCUGUGCGCUUCACGGAGGAGGCGGCGGCGCUGCUGGAUCCGGCCCAGAGGGCUCUGCACAGGGAAGUCAUGCGGGAGAACUGCCGGAUCUCAGCCUCCCUGGCUGGUAGGAAGAAGCUCAGUAAAAAGGGGGAACAGCAGAGAAGGAAAACUGAAGAUGAGUGGAAGGGGUGGAACAACGCUGAAGGGGCUGACUUCCGUGACCGUGUUAUUCUAGCAGAAAGCAUUGAAAGAAUUAUUGGGAACAGGGAGAAAACGUGGAAAUGCUCUGAGUGUGGAAGGAACUUCAGCUGCAGAUCUCACCUUUACUCACCUCAAAGAAUUCACACUGGGGAGAAACCCUAUAAAUGUUCAGAAUGUGGAACGAGCUUCAGUCAGAGCUCUGGCCUUAAACGACAUCAAAGAAUCCAUUCAGGGGAGAAGCCCUUCAAAUGCUCAGAGUGUGGCAAGACGUUCAGUCGAAGUUGUGUCUUUAACUCCCAUCAAAGAAUUCACACAAGGAAGAAGCCCUUCAAAUGCUCAAAAUGUGGAAAGAUAUUUAUUUGGAGCUCUGAUCUUAAAAGACAUCAGAGAAUCCACUCAGGGGAAAGACCCUAUGAAUGCUCAGAGUGUGGAAAGAGCUUCAACCGGAGGGAGAAGCCUGAUAAAUGUUCGGAGUGUGGAAAGAGCUUCAAUCAGAGUUCUUACCUUAAAUGUCAUCAAAGGACCCACACAGGGGAGAAGCCCUUCAAAUGCUCCAAGUGA